AUGCGCUUCAACGACGGCGAGUCCAUCGCGCGGGACCUCAAGGACAAGGAGGGCACCGUCUUCGCGUGCGCGACGCCCGCGCGCGGCUACCAGGACGAGUUCGAGCUCUUCGUCGCCGCGAAGGGCCCGCACGGCAACGUCAUCGAGACGCUCCGCGCCGACCAGACCAUCAACGGCAUCAACUUCAAGAAGGGCCGCCUCCUCGUCUACUGCCACGACCUCGCCCGCGUCCACGACGACCCGGCCCGCCGCACGUUUGAGCUCGAGCCGACGCUCCGCGCCGUCGAAGCUCGGAUGGUCCGGAAGACGGGCGUCGCGCUCGACGACGCGGGAGACGCGCCGGCGCCCGCUGACAAGCCCAGGACGGGCCUGUCGGCGGCCUUUGCCGCCGUCGACGGACGCCUCGUCGUGCUGUCCGAGGCCGAGAACGCGAAGACCGUCGCCGCGUGCGACGGGCUCGUCUCGGACAAUUUAAGGAACGUCCCCGCGACCGAGGACGCGAGGCGCUGCGACCACGGCGAGGACCAAGCGACCCAGCUUGCGUGUAUCUACGGCCUCGCGCACCGGCCGACCAGAAACGCCUCGGAGCUGUGCGACCUCUCCCGUUUGAGCGGCGACCGCCUGCUCUCGCAUUCGCGCCAUACCAGUUACGCAGCUCACGCGAAGAUGAACCCGUACUUGCUCCUCGCGCUCGGCGUCGUCGCGACUUCGGGACCGUCCGCGGAGCUCUCCACGGCGUGGACCCCUGUGGGGCGCCGGCGACGGGACGCCCGCGUGGCCCAAAGGACCCCGGGGAUUUCAGAUUGGAGCAAGAAAUUGCGGGAGAACUACGACGUCGUGUCGGCGAGCGACCACGAGUGGUGCACGCUCACGCGCUACAACUGGGCGUGCGUCGGCGACGCGUACGCGGCGGUGCUCAAUCGCACGCGCCCCUACCGGCCCUGGCGCUUCCAGCUCGCCAACCUCCCGCUGGGCACGCGCGUCUUCGCGGACGGGAACUCGUACCUCGCGGAGCGGAUGACGACGCUGCUCUGCGGCUGUCAUUCCACCGACGUCUUCAAGUUCGACGUCACGGUAGUGCGCCGGAGCGGGAUCAUCCCAUGGCUGGACAAGGCCGACAUCGCCGUCGUGACGAUGCCGCUCGGCCUCACGUUCGGCGGCGACGGGAAGAAGGCGACGACGCUCGCGAAGAAGGCCCGCGAGGCGCUCGCGCUCGUCGGCUUGACCGUGGCCGACGUGCUCUUCUACGCGCGCGACGGCGGCGAGGCGGCGGUGGGAAACGUGCUGCGCGAGAUGGGGAAGGAGGAGCUGGAAAAGAAGGCGGAAGACUCGGAGGAGCGAAUGCGGUACGUGAGCGAGGGCCAGUGGAGCGAGGUGUCGCAUUUCGUGGACCGCAACGCCGUGCUCUUCGGCGGUAGCAGCACGGAGAAGGAGCACGGCGAGGGCGAGUACGCGCUCUACGUGCAGUUCCGGUCGCUCGUGGCCAAGGUUUUGGACUCGCUCCUGGAGGAGCUGGGCUGUCGGAGCGAGGCGGACGAGGCGCGGCUGGCGAUUUUUUUGCGGGAGACGGCGGAGUCGCCCGCGAGCGGCCCGCGCGAGGAGAUGGCGAAGCGCGUGUUGCAGGACCUGCUGGACAUCGACGACUUCGCGGCAUUCGCGCGGACGAUGCGGGCGCGGAACGACGAGUUGGAGACGGGCGAGGCCGUCGAGCUCGAGCGCCAGCUGUCGGCGGCGGCGGACGCCAAGGCCCGCGCGACGCCGGAGACGCCGCUCGGCGCCAAGCACUCGGUUUUCAGCGACAGCGACGCGGAUCUCACGCCCGUGACCACGCCGGGGGGCGGCGUCGACUGGCAAUGGUCGACGGUCUGGGAGGAGGCCUUCGAGAGCGCGGAGGCGGCGAACGACGACUUCGAGCUGCAGCACGCGACGGCGCUGAGCCUGCUGGAGGCGCACGAGCGCGGCGCGCUGCCCGACAAGGACCGGCCAUUCGUCGGCUGGGCCCAGGCCUUGGUGGCCGUCGCGAGCGAGAUGAACGGCCUGCAUUGGGCGCAGGAGCCUCGGCGCGCGCGGCGCCUCCACAGCGACCUCGUGCGCCAGCGCUUCGCCGUCGAGCUCCGCGUCGCGCAGGAGACCGCCUUCGAGGACAGCGCCGCGCGUGCCGAGGCCGCGCAAAGCGCCGCUGUCGGCGGCGACGACGAGCGUUCCGCGUGCGUUGCCGCGGCCCUGGCGCGCUGCGAGACCCUGCGGGGCGCCGUCGCCGUCGCGCGGGGUCGCUGCGUGCGGAACGGCGCGGUCCGCGACGCGAACCUCGAGCUCGGCUACCUCACGAUCCGUGGGCUCCUCCACCGCCGCGAGGACCUCCCGAGCCACGCGACCGAGAUCUACGACGCCCUCACGAGCCGGGCCGAGGCCGAGGCCGAGGCCCACCGCCGCGGCGACGCCGCCGGCCCCGACGGCGACGGCGACGGCGACAUCGGCGACAUCGGCGACGGCGACGGCGACAUCGGCGACAUCGGCGACGGCCGCCGCGGCGCCCGCGGCGCGGCGCCGUCGGCCAUCGCCGCGGACCUCGUCGCCUGGUGCGCCCUCGAGGCGGAGCUCGGCACGGUCCAGAAGCGCCUGCACGGCAUGCUCGGGGACGACGGCGCCUCGGACCAGGCCAAGGCGGCCGCGGUCUGGAAGCUCGCCGCGAGGCGCGGCGCCGACGACAAGGCGGCCGAGGACGAGGGGCCCAAGGACGGGGCCUACGACGCCGGCGGCGGCGCGGUUUCGUCGGACGGCGACGUCCUCUGGCACGAGUUCCUGGACCUCGACACGAACUAUUGCUACUACGUCAACACGGCCACCGGCGAGAGCCAGUGGAACCCGCCCGACGAAUUCUUGCCGCUCGACGAGUCCGUCGAGGUCGCCGCGGGCCUCGCCGAGGAGCAGGCGGCGGCCUACCACGCCGAGGCCGCGCAUGCGGCCUACAAGGAGGAGCUCCCCACAUCGGAGCGCAGGAUCCACUCGCUCAUGCUCGACGAGCCCGUGGCCACGAAGUGGUGCGCGUUCGCACAGACGACUGAUUCGACGACGCCUCGUUCCGCGAUCGAGAUGCCGCGCACGGCCUCGGCGAAGUCGGACGUCGCCGUGCGCACGGAGUCGUAG